AUGCUUUUUCGGUCCUGUAGACUUGUUUUGAGAUUGCGCAAUGUCUACAAACCGAGUGCUUGCUUUCUGAGCGGAAAAAGACAAAUUUUACCAGUUGGUACACAGAGAUCUGUCACUUACAGACCGAUCAUCCUAAGAAAUCAUGAUUGGCCUUUACUGUCUUCCAAACGUUUUAUGUCUUAUCCUCCACAUCAAGUAAUUAAACUUCCCAACCUGUCUCCUACAAUGGAGACAGGUACAGUUGUAAGCUGGGCAAAGAACGAAGGCGACGAAGUUUGUGAAGGUGACCUACUUGCUGAAAUCGAGACGGACAAAGCGACCAUGUCGUUUGAUGCCAAUGAAUCCGGAUAUCUUGCGAAAAUCUUGGCUCCUGCUGGAAGCAAAGAUAUACCUGUCGGAACAGCUCUCUGCAUCGUAGUUCAAGACGAGAGUGCCGUUCCGGCUUUUAAGGAUUAUGUGACAGAAUCAACAGAAAAAGUUUCUAGUUCAAAAGCUGAAGAAGUACCCAAGCCUCAGGUCGCUCCUGCUGUUGCUCCUCAGCCUCCACCAGCUGCACCCAAACCUAUUGCUCCUGCUUCUAAAGCACCAGCAACCGACGAAAGGAAUGUCGCCUCACCGUUCGCUCGUCGUCUGGCCGCUGAAAAAGGACUCGAUUUAUCAGCUGUAACUGGCACUGGCAUGUACGGAAUGAUUCGUUCGACUGACUUAAAUCUUGAAUCUAUUGAUCAAAAAGCUAGCACAAUGACUAGUGGUCCAAUUUCAAGCUAUCAAAAAUUCGAGGAUAUUAAUGUUAGCAAUAUGCGAUCAGUAAUUGCUAAGCGAUUAACUGAAUCAAAACGAACUAUUCCACAUUAUUAUUUAACAAUGGAUAUUCAAGUAGAUGAAAUUUUAGAAAUACGUUCUAAAAUCAAUUCAAGUUUAUCCAAUUUAAACGAUUCAAAAUCUGUUGAACCUGUGCCAAAAAUAAGUUUAAAUGAUAUUCUUAUAAAAGCAGCUUCAUUGACAUGUUUAAAAGUACCUGAGUGUAAUUCAUCUUGGCAUGGUGAUUUUAUCCGACAAUACCAUACUGUCGAUGUAAGUGUAGCUGUGGCUAUUCCUUCUGGAUUAAUCACACCAAUAAUAUUUUCUGCAGAUACCAAGGGUUUAGUACAAAUCAAUAAAGAAAUGCGAAUGUUAGUUACUAAGGCUAAACAGAAUAAAUUAAAACCUCAAGAAUAUCAGGGUGGAACAUUUUCAAUUUCUAAUUUGGGAAUGUUUGGAAUUACCGAUUUCUGUGCUAUCAUUAAUCCACCUCAAGCAUGUAUCCUUACCGUGGGUAGUACCAGACCGAAACUUCUACCAGAUCAUAAAAAUCCUAAAGGAUUUAAAGAAGCAAAUAUUUUAUCAGUUACAUUAUGCUGUGAUCAUCGUGUUGUUGAUGGAGCAGUUGGAGCUCAUUGGCUUAGUGAAUUUAAACAAAUUUUAGAGAAUCCAGCACUUUUUCUUAUUUAA